GGUUGCCGCAGCAAGAUUCCCAAAUCGGCGAUAUUCGCACCGCCUCCCUCGCAUUGGACAGCGUCUGCGCGAGGGCGCGGCGAGGAAAUGUGAGCCUCGCGAAGACGUGCCCUCAGCGAGUAGACAUGGAGCGCCGUGUACACGGGCUUCUCCUCCGAGCAGACAGGAGCGUCCGCUAGAAGGCUCGGCGUUUGAAAGGGGCCCGUCGAGGAUGGAGAGCGCUUUGGACGCACAGCACCUCAUCUCCAUUUCGCUGAGGAAAAUCCAGAGCUCCAGGACGCAGCGAGGAGGCAUCAAGCUCCACAAGAACUUGCUGGUCACGUACGUGCUGAGAAACGCCAGGCGCGUUGAUAUGAGCGAGAACUCGCCGCGGACGCAGCGCUACGAGGACGUGGCCGCGGCCCGCGAGACGCACCAAUACCUCCGGCUGACCGGCGGCGGCUUGACGGGCUUGACGGACUUCUACUGCAACUUUGGCGGCGCCGACGCGGACACCCUGCGCCGCGGAGCGCCUCCGCAGCCGCAGCCGCAGCCGCAGCCCGGCUGCCAGUCUGCGGAGGCGAUGCUUCCUCCGAGUGACUGCGCAGAGCUCGCGCAGGUGUCGGAAGGCUUUUGGACUCCCGCCUGGGAGCCGCCGCACGCCCCGAGCGCGCACGUCAACCACAAGACCGUCCUGGACCUGGACACGCACGUGGUCACCACCGUCACCAACGGAUACUUCCACUCGGACUGUUGCGCGCAGCCGAAACACUUUCAGGCCGCCAAAAAGAGAGCCGUUGUGGAGCCGCACUUGUAUUUGUCGGACUUCGGGCCGGUGCCGUGCAAGCGGCCGAAGACCGACGAGGAGCCGCUUUCGGACCCGGAGCCCUCGGACUCCAGCAACAUCUCCAACCUGAUCUCGGUCCUGGGCUCGGGCGGACUCUCGGACUUUGUCAGUUGGCAGCACGCGGACCUGGAGCAAAUCUUUGCCUCUCCGACUUUGAGUUUCAAACACACUUUGUUGACGGCCAGCGGGUGGACGCGAGCGAUCGAAGCCUUUUGAUUUCUAUCACUGUUUGCUUUGUGCGCUUUCAUUUGCUUGCUUGUGAAUAAAACUAACGUGUCGCCACUGAAAA